AGGACCAGGCGGUGGUCUUUGGAGGUCGGAGAAGCUCCCUCAUCUUGGGUAUAGAGUCCAUUGUAAACAUGGCUGCCGCUGUGCAUCGGAUUCUGUCCUUCAGUAGAAAUGCUAAGGCCAUUGUAUCGCCUUUGAAGACCUCGGCGGUUUCUCUACAGCGCUACAGUUUACAAGCGUCGACCACUGGAGAGCAAAUUACCCACACCGGACAAGUGUAUGAUGAAAAUGAUCCCAGGCGGGCCAGGUUCGUGGGCCGACAGAAAGAGGUGAACAAGAACUUUGCCAUCAAGCUGGUGGCUGAAGAGCCAGUCAGUGGCAUAGAGGCCAGAGUGGUGUCAUGUGAUGGGGGUGGAGGAGCACUGGGCCACCCAAAAGUCUACAUCAACCUGGAUAAAGAAACUAAAGUGGGCACAUGUGGCUACUGUGGACUGCAGUUCAAACAGACCCAUCAUCAUUGAGACGCAUUCUCAGUCCUCUCUCUCUGUAGUCUGUCAUUCUGGUUAAUAAAUUAUAUCUACUUUUCUCCUCA